AUGUAUUCUUCAAAGGGAGGUAAUUUGACAACAAGGAGACUGAAAAUCGCUAAAUCGAAAAUGUAAAUUGACACUGUUGUUUUGAGUCAGUCAAGAAAGCAGAAAGACUAGUCAAGAUGAUGGCAACAAUGGAUUUAGGGGCCCAAGGGGUCACAGAAGAGAUAACCGAGUUGGCAGAGUAUAUAAAGGAGAGGAUAUGGCAGGAUCCACUUGCUGCUGAUCUUCAGUGGAGUUUAUUCCUCGCUGCAUUGAAAAGUUACAGAUUUGAUUCAGUUUUACGUCCAUUCCCACCAAUGUUCAUUGGUGAGGACGAUGAGAAAGACUUGAAAGCACUGCAUUCAGUAGUGAAUGAUGUUCCAGCAUUAUCAAGACUGUCAAGAGAAUGUUAUAAACAACCUACAAAGCUACUGGAAUUGAUAAAAUGGGUUCUUGAUGCAAGAGGUUUCACAUUAUCAUCUGCUGGCAAAAAUAAGUACGAGGAAAUACGCAAGUUAACUGGUCAAACUGUUAAAGUACCAGAACCCAAAUAUAUCUUUGAAGUGUCACCAAGUGCCGCUGCAGACGAAAAAUUCAUACACCUACAAGGUGACCGAAGUUUAUUGUAUGCCUAUCACGGUAGUCGUCUGGAUAAUUUCUACUCUAUUCUGCAAAAUGGUCUUGCCUCACAUAUGAACAAAACAUCAGUGUUUGGAGAGGGGACAUAUCUCUCCAGCGAGCUGUCUGUAUCGAUGAUCUACAGCCCCGACGGUGUGGCCUGGGACCAUUCUGAACUAGGAAACAGGUUGAGUUGUAUUGCCAUGUGUGAAAUGAUUGACGAUUCUUCUGUAAAAUGUCAGGACAAACCAUAUGCAGAUGACAUGAAACAUGUUCCCAGUGGCACACCAGUGAGGUCUCGAGCCAAUGCUGGUCCUAGUGUAGGGGGCGAUGUGCCAGAGAAAUAUUAUGUUGUACAAAAUAAUGAGGUCAUACGGGUCAAAUACCUUCUUGUCUAUGCAAACAAAACUACAUCACAUAUGUCAGAGAGGUCACAGAAACAGUCAUGGUUCAUACAGCACAAGUUCACAGUUAUGAUGUGUGCCUAUAUUAUAAUCCUAUGUGCAGUCGGACUGAUGAACUCACAGUCAUUUCAGUCCAUGUGGCGGAGAAUGUGGCGAUGGAGAUGAUUCGGUGAUGCAUGGAAAAUUAUUGGAAUAGUGGUUUUACUGAUUUGGUGGUAUUCUGCAACAACAGACUAGUUUUUAUAUACAACUUAGUUAGAAUACACAUUUCUUAUAUCGCAAUAAAUAAGGGAACAUAAAUUUCAUAAAUUUAUGAGUUUAAAUAGGUUUUAUGUUUUUCAGAUAUUUGCAACGGGAACAUGCAUUUUGUAUAUUCACCAGUUUUUCAUUUCUUCAUUUUGUCAGGUUUUAUCUAUUCUUACACUUACAAGUUAUCUUUAUAAACACUUGUUUAUUUGCUAAUAUCUUCGAUAAAACAUUGCAUGAACCUCAACUUUUUCAAUGUUUAUAUGUGAAAGAGGUCAUGGGGGUCAAACCAUUUGAUUUUACUUCUUUUCUUUAUUAUCUUGUAUAUUUGGUACUUAGGUAACUUGUACUGCUGAAGUCAAGGUUAUUAUGGCUAAAAAUAGAUUUUCUAAACUUUUUUCUUCUUUAAGCUGUGACUUAAUAUCAUACAGACUACAUAUUGAAGAAUAUAAUUUAAAUUUUUAUUCAACAUCCUUUUUAUGCAUGAAGGUUAUUCAUAUUUUGGGGGAUAGGAUGGUGGGGGGAUGGGGGUGUCAAAUAACAUUUUCAAGCCUAAUGGUGCAAAUAUGAUAUGCAAGCAAGAAUAGAUUUGUGGUGACCUUGCGUGUAAAUCUCUCUACCCUGGGUAAAUUUUGCAGUAAAUCAGGUCAAGGUCAUUUAAAAUGUAUUUUUUUUAUACAUUUUCUGACAGUUUUGCAUUAUGUUGUGUUUAAUUCAUGUAUGAAAAUAUCCACUAAUGUGAAAAAUAUUUUUUCAUGUUUCAAUUUAUGAUGUAUACAACAAAGCAUUGAAAUCCAUAUUUGAAUAUAAUUUUUUGUAGACUCUGUAAAAUAUUUUUUGAAGUCUUUUAAUACAUAAACAUUUGAUUUUAAUACAUUAAACAUUGUUUUAAGUUUUUAAAACAGCUGUCUUGUUGAUUUGAAUACAAUUGAAUUCUUUGAUCUAUGGAAAAAACUGAAAUUUCAUGGGGUUUCCUUUGCUUUAGGAUCUCAUUGGAGCUCCUUAAAUGUUAAGUUUGGAAAUACUGUACUUAAUUAUUAUAUGUAUUUUAUAAGACUGCAAAAACUGAAAAAUCUAUGCAUUAAAUACAUAUGUAUAUAUUUAUUUUUAUUUUUUUUAUGACAUGAAAUCCAUAGACUUUAUCCACCUUAUUUUAAGUAUACAUGUACAUUUUAAUUUACUUAUAAGAUCUUAUACUGUUAUGCAUUUAUGUUAGAGGGUUUUUUUUAAGGUGUUUGUCUUUAAGAAUUUUUGUUCAGGAGUAACCCUGUGGAAAUACCAGAAGGGAAGGUAACCACAUUUCUGUUAUAAUUUCUAGUUAAAGAUAUAUCAUGCUCAAAUUUGAUAUUAGGAAAUGUUGGUAAUUGCUACACAGUUUCUUUGUAAAUAUAAAAUAAACAUGUUUUGACUUCACACAAAGUAGAUAUGUCAUGUUCCAAAUUUUACACAGUAUAGGUGGUCACAGUAUGAAUAUAGUGCCAUUAAAAAAACUAGCAGUUUUUUUUUUAACAUACCGACUUUACUUGACCUGUAAUUGGGAAUGCAGCUUCCCAUACAUAGUUUGUUUAUUCUUUUAUUCAAAUUUGACAAAUUCAGUAAGAAUUUCAUAGAUUUCACUAAAUUUCUGUGAUUAAAAUAUGUUACUCAAGGAUGAGCAUAGUAUAUCUUACGAAAAUCAGAUGUAUGGGAGAAAUGGUGAUGUGCAUCAUGAUGAUUUAAACCAUUUUUUGUUCCUCUCAUGCUAUAUUCUAAUAUUCAAAUUCACAAUUAUGAUUGUGACCAUUUUCUUGCUGCAGAUUACAGUUACCUCAUGCAUUUGUUGUAUUACAUGGGCGAUAUGUAUUGUACAUGUAAAUAUUUAGUACAAUCAAUUAAACCUAAAUUGCUCAUGCUAGUUUCAAACAUUAGACUGUAAAAUAUUUUUGUCAUUUGUUUAAAAAUGACAAAAAAAACCCCACAGAUAACCAAUGUUUAGUCUAUGGGUAAGGGAAUCUGUUAAAAAACAACCAUAACAAUGUAUUGUCCAUUUUGCUAUUUUUCUGACCAAAAUUGCUACAGUUGAACCGUAGUCUUCCAGAAACAGAUCUUGGUGGCUGUAAAUGGUUAAUAAAAUUCUCUUGAUAAUUUAGAUGUUAAAUGUCUACGCUUACUGGUACAAAAUCAAAUACAUGUUAUAUACAUGUAGAUAUUGAACAAAAUGUUUCAGUAUUAAUCAAUUAAUCAGCAAGAAUUUUGGAAUGUAAAUAGUGAAUGUAAAUAUUAUAUAUGUAAAUAGUUGGGCGUUGAACUGACAUCAUAGAAUUGGUCUUUCUUAUGUGUAAAAUCCAUGAUUCACCAUUAUAUUGGUAUGAAAUCCAUAAUUUUGGGGAUUUAUUUUUCAUUUUAUAUCUUAUAUACACGAUUAUGGUCCUUUCUUCUAAUGAAGGAUUUAUUAUUUUAUUCAUGUUUUAAAUACCGUCAGUCUGUUUAUCUAUCUGUCUGUACACUACACAACUUUGUUUAUAUCGGGUAACCAAUUUUGUUUUAACUUUACUAUAAAAUUUCCUUAAGAUGAAUGCUUGCAUGAAAAAGAAAAUUAUUUAUGUGGUUUGAUUAGUGACGUCGGUGGUAUUUUCUAAUAAUAAACACAUAAAAUGUCACAUCAGUUUAUUCUGAAUUUAGAAAUUAUUGCUUACAGCUACAAAACUAUAAAGAAUUAUUUGUUUAAUUUUUCAUAGGCACAUGCCCUAUGUUGUGUGAAUUGUCAAAGGUCACAAAUUAUGAAUCGUGGAUCUGUUUUCGCGUUAUAUUUGGGUAUUAAUAGUCAGGCAGUAUGCUUUGUGUAAAACAUUUCUUAUGAUCAAAUUGGAAAUGCUUUUCUUUUAAUAUUUUGAUAGAAUACUUAAGAUAUAGUAUAUUGUUGUGGAUACCUAAUUUUAAACUAUGUGUUACAAUGAAUAAAAUCAAUAGUUAAUUUAGAUACAAUUAAUGAUAACAUCUGGGAGUAUAUCUGGGGGUUAAUCUAUGUAACUUGUUUCUACAAAAAAACCUGUUUAUUUGUUAUUUACUUGUUUAUAUUUCAUGAUUUAUUUCAAGUUUCAAGUUAAUUGCAUAAUAAAUUGUAAAGAAAAUGGUUAAAUAUUAAAGGAAAAUGAUUAAACUGUAAA